CAUCAGGAAAGUUUUAGUAAAGAUUUGAAAAAUAUUGAUAUAAAUUCUUCUAAAGAAUUUAAUAAUUCUGAAUAUAUUAAUAUAGAUACUUCUGAAGUAUUAAAUAAUUCUAAAGAUAUUAAUAUAGAUUCUUCUGAAAAAUUAAAUAAUCCAGAAGAUGUUAAUAUGGAUUUUUUAGAAGAAUCAAAUUAUAGUCAAGAGGAUAAUGAUAUCAAUUUUUCCGAAGAAUUUAUUAGUGAUGACUCAUAUUUAGAACACUUUAUAACAAUAUCUUCAGAGUCUUCAAAUAAUUUGACAAAUAUAAAGAAUAUCCGACGCUUUAAAGAUUGGAGACAUAAUCUUCUUCUUAUGCCAAUAUAUUCAAGGACUAUUAAUAUUUCAGCUAAGAAAACUUCUUCGAAUUCUAAAAAUAUUAAGGAUACUUAUUACUUAUCCAUUAAAGAUAUUAUUUGGCAUGUGCUAAAUAAUCUUUCUUUAAUGAAGUAUAUGUAUUUUGGACCUGGCUGUGAGGUUACCAACAAGACAGAAUAUUGGCAUGGUAGUUUGUGGGCUGAAUCAUCACUAUAUGGCCAAGAUUCAAUUAAAAUUAACAAACAUAAUAUUGAAAAAUUGGGAAGAAUUCGAGCUAUUAUUAUGUCAGAUAAUACUUUAAAAUUAAAAGUUCAAAAGAUAAUUGAAUAUCACGAACUUCCAAAAAAAUUUUAUAAUAAUAAUAGACAACAUCGUUCUCAACUUGGUGAAGUAUGGUUAAUUGAUAAUUCACUUGAACUUAAUAGUAUUAUAUUAAUUGAAUUACAAGAUGUUAUCGGACAUGCUAGUAUUACUACUUCAUCACAUAAAGAUUCUAG